GUAAAGAGUGUGUAUCGCAGCGGUGGUGAAGAAAAGUUGGGGAGACAUUAAUUUAUUCCCGCCAUAUAAUGUACGAGUGAUACGAAGACCCAGCACAUUCUACUCCCAUCAUUGUCUUAUAAAGUGAUACCCAGCGCAGCGCGAGUGCCUCCUGCUCACCCUACUUGAUCAUAUACUUUUUUUUCUUCUUAUAUAGACAGUCUUGAAUGUCCAGAAAGAAUGAUGGACCUGUGACUGAAACUGAUUAGAAAUUUUGGAGACCUUUUACUCGUCUGGAUCUCGAACAACAUCAACGUACGUGUAGUCAACGUGUAAUGAUGUUGUGCUUCCUGACUCCACACUGGCUCAGAGGAGCGGUUGACUGGCUGUGAGUCGACUUAAUCAUUAAAAAAAGAUGGCAGCAAAUUCAUCAGAGGCAGAAAGGGGCGGUGACUGUGGCCUCGCUGGAAGGAAGCCACUCAUACCUGAGAACAUAAAGGAUGAGCUAGACAUGGUAUACCACUUCACGGAGGAGUUCAAAAAUCGAUAUGGUGAAACACACAUGCCAGCAUUCAAGAUAGCGCAUCUGGAGAGUAUCCUGACAAAUGCUAAGAAGGGUCCAGUAAGAGAGAGAAAGCCAGUUGCUGUAUAUCUUCAUCACGACAACAGUACCUUGUCUGAUUUGUUCUGCUCGAAGGGUCUGUGCUCUGCUGAUGUGGUUACCUAUUUAAAUAAAAACUUUGUGGUGUUUGGUUGGGACAUGACAUCUCGAAAGAUCAAAAGGAGGAUAAGGCAACCACUAUCUGUACAUGUGGGGUACUCCCUGGCUGUGAAAGUGAAGGAGCUGACGGAAGAGCAGCUGCCAUUGCUAUUGACCCUCACUUUCAUCCAUACCAGCUGGGGCGUGGAUCCAAAUGUCAUCUCAUAUAUAAAUGGUACAAGCAAUGGGACUGACAUUUUGAACUGUUUGAUACAAACAAAAAAGGUGUUUGAUGACAACCAUGUCAUUGCAUUGCAGAGGCUGGAAGAAAAGGAAUGUAGAGACUCUGUUUGGAGUAUUCCUUGGAAGCAUGUACCACAGGAUGAAACAUUGGAACUGGAAAGGAAAAAGGAGGAUCAGGAGUCCAAUUCUACACUGGAAAGCCAGAAGAAGGCACUAAAGGAACUGGAGCAGAUUGUGAGUGAUGGGAACCUGGUUAAACUACAUGCCAUCCGUGACCAGGGAGGUGACCUGUCUGGAUGUGUGACGACACCCUACCAUGAAAAUAUGACGAUAUGCCUGCUGGCCUUAGCAGCUUGGAAUGGCCAUACCCACCUGCUGGACACUCUCAUUGAAUCUGGCCUCAGUGUGGAAGGCAGUGGCUCUACCAACUGGACGCCAUUAAUGCUGGCUGCCCGGAAGGCCCAUGAGAAGAUGGUGGAAGAACUGCUCUCUCGUGGUGCCGAUCCUCUAGCAAGGGAUUCAGAAGGAGCUGUUGCUCUUCACCAUGCUGCUUUCUGUGGCCACAGGCAAUGUGUGGCUGCUUUGAUUCCUGUCACCCCAACCACCAUAGCUGACAGUGAGGGUCGUACCCCUAUCCAUGCAGCCAGUCUUCGAGGUCAUAAGCAUGUGAUAGAGGAUUUGAAUGACAAAGGAUGGAAACUUGGUAUUGCAGAUUCAGGUGGCAACACAGAACUUCAUAUGAGUGCUUGGUUUGGCUCCCUGGAAGUGGUGGAGUACUUGGUGGCAGCGAAACUGAACCCUUACCAAAAAAAUAUGCAGGGACUCACACCACUGAACUUAGCAGUGCGUGAAGGUCGCCACAACAUUGAAAGUUGGUUCAUGAAGAGGCGAGGUGGCUCUUCACUGAAGCUGUUGCAUGCUCAUGAGCUUAUAAAGUCACAAGAGGAGAAUGAAAAGGACAAUUAUGAGAGUUUCAAAAAGUAUGUGAAAUAUGGUAAUGUUGCAGGGAUUGAAGAAAUGAAAGUAAUAGGUGAUGCUCACUUGAUGGACGAAAGAGGCAUGACCUUCCUCCACUGUGCUCUAGAGGAAAAUUAUGUCAAACCUUCAGUUGUUGAACAGCUCCUUGAUAUGGUUCACCCUCAUGUAAUGACCUAUGAUGGCCUCACUCCCCUUGAUCUGGCUAAGAAGAAGCUCAAAUGCAAUGAAGGCACAAUCUCCUACCCCCUGUAUGAGGAAGCAAUAUCAAUCUUGGAGAAUCACCAGUGUUCAAAGGAAAAGGGUUCUCCUGAGGAGCUGUACACAAAGCUGCUCCAAGUCAUCUGUGAGGGAGACAAUGUGAAGGAAGUGUCCCGUCUCAUGUGUGCUGGAGCCCCACUGGAGCUAAAUGGGGAUUUUCCCAACUCAGCGCUGCAGCAGGCCAUCAUUCAUGACCGCUCUAAAAUCGUCAAUCUCAUGUUGGCAUCACAGGCAUCCCUCAUCCCAUGCACACAGGGCCUCAACUUGCUGCAGCAUGCUUGGUAUUCACCCAACACUUCUGCCAGAGUCUACUUUGCCAUCACUAAGGCCUUCUCUAGGGAGCUGAAGCGAGAAAGAGACCGACUGCCUCGACACACCAGUGGGCUUCGGUAUGACCUUACUGAAUUGAUAGAAGCUGUUGAUGGAGAUGCUCCAUGGGAAGCCUGCUGGAAGAUGGGAAAUUCUAAAAAAGAAAAUUUGGGAGACAAGACAACUGCUGAUGAGGGAGCUCGAUGGGAAGCCUGUUGGCAGAAAGGAAGUACUGCUAAGAAAAAAAAACUUGAUGAAAGGACGACAGAUAAACUAACUUCUUUUAUGGUGAUAGCUACGCGUGCCAACUGUCCACUCAUUGCAAGUUUCCUGCAAAGGGCAGGGGCUUGGUCCUACUUUAAUGCUGCAGGCACCACUCCACUGCAUGCUGCACUGAAGACUGGCAACCUGAACCUAGCGGAGACAAUGGUUCGGAACCUUGGAGCAUCAUUGUACAUUCCAGACAGUGAACACAGCCUUCCAAAGGAUAUUAUAGGGAAGAUGGAUGCAGCUAAACUUAAGAAGCUUGAAGAGGAGGUAUACAAAAGGGAGAAGAGGAAGCUUGAGAACCUAGAAAUAUUCACAAAGGAUGAGAGCGAAAAGGAGAAAGUUCGGAUGCUGCUGGCUCUUCAGGAAGCACUCUUCACCAAGUACACCGGCAACACUGUCCAUCCAACACCAGGGAACUUGAGUAGCAUUGACCAAGAAGCAGGUGCUUAUGCUAUGUUGAUAGCUUCUAGAAGUGGCCUGCAGCAGUUGCUGCAUUUACUACUUGUUAUGGAGUGCCUCCCUGCAGAUCUGGUGGUCGAUGGGACUGCUGGCACCACAGCUCUUCAUGAAGCUGCUUCCCAUGGAAAAUCUAGAAGUGUUGUCCAACUUCUCCACAGCUUAGAGAAGGCUGCUGUUGCCAGUAAGCAUAAUGUUGCUGAGGCCAAAGCCUAUAGUGGCCAUGGGCAUUCUGUGCUAUGGAAACUAAACAGGUACAGCCCAUUGCAGCCAGACAGGUAUGGCCAGACAGCCCUUCAUCUGGCAGCAAUGUUUGGUCACAAACACACCUUGGAACUCUUGGUUCAUUUUGUGGGAGAGGAUCCUCCCUGUAGGGCUGGCACAACAGCCAAGCAGAUCCUUAGCAACUUCACUGGGUACCUGAAGCGCUACUUGAGAUACAAUGACAAAACCAGAAACAAGAUUACACCUCUGGAUCAUCAUGAUCCUGACGCACUGCUUAGCAAACUCCUUUGUGCUGUUGACCUUAAUAAGCUUCCUAAAGAUGCCAAGAGGGCUAAUGUGGACAUGGACAGUGGUGAGGCCAGGCAGGUGAAAGAUGCAGUGCUCAAGGCAGUAGGUGUCAUCCUUGGCCGUGUGGUGAUGGCUGAUGACAUGUAUCAAGGCCGACUAAGGUUGGUGGGCAGUGCACGAGAUGGCUCAAAGCUUUUUGCUCCUGAUGAAUUUGAUAUCAAUGUUGUCAUCCCAGCAGCUGAUCGAGUGAACAUAUCGGUGGAGCAGGAGAUGGAUGCCUUCAAGAGCAAUGUCCUUAAGAUAAAUGUGGAGACAAACAAUCCUCAUUUGCAGGGUAACCGCCUGAUGGGAGACUUGUUUGGCCUUGUAAAGGAAGUUCUUACAGAUUCCGUCUUGGAUGAUGAUAGAUUAAGUGUGGUGCCUCCCAGCCUGACCAGAACACAGGUGGGUGUAUCACUGGCCCUGGCCUGGCAGGGGGUUGAGUACCCUCUUCUACUGGUGGGUGUAGACCUAGUACCAGUGUUAGAGGUGCCAUGGCAUGAGGCUAUUGUUAAGCCUGAUGCUCUUACCCCACCAGACAGCCAUUACAUGCAUGUCAGCAACACCUCGGAUGGGUCGUGGCGCUGUAGUUUUGCUCUUCUAGAGGCAGAGGUGCUGAGGCAGCUCUCCUUAGAAGAGCGCUGCAUCCAACUGUCUUGCAAAAUGUUGCUGUAUCACCUCAAAGCAGAGCGCUGGAUGCCUCGAGAGAUCAAGGCCUUUUGUACAUGGUGGAGUGGCCGAUCUUUUAACGUACCAGUGCCAGCAGGGUUUUGUCUCAAGAGUUCCUUUUUUGGAGCGCUUGCAUAUAAACGUAAAUACAGAUUAGAGUGGUCAGAGGGGGAUACAAUCAGGUGGAUGCUCUUCAUCUUUAGGAGAAUGUGCUUGGUUGAAGAAGAGUCUAACACCUUCUCUCCAAAAAAAGUUUUUGCUUACUUUGGAGGAGAUUGUGAGGGGCCCAAGUUUGGAGCAGGAGCACCUGUUAUUGCAAAGUAUCUCAAGGGGAAUGGUCUGAAAAAAAAGUACAUCAUGCGCUCCUUCAGGCAGCACCUCAACUAUUGGAUAAACACUUUCUUGAAACUCAUUCACUUUCCUAAUAUGAGAUAGGAAGCUGUAUCGCAACAUAAGCAGAUAUACAGAAUAUGUCUGAAUAGUCAGAGCAAUGGUAGUUAAAAUUCAGUGCCUCUCUUUGGUCAGUAAGAGGAGGGGAGCUGAUAAAACAAUGCAAAGAAGGCUCUAUUCAAAAGAGGAUGUGAGUGGAGCCUUCUCUAUGCCUCUCCCUGUCACUGACUUCACAAAAAGAUGUCAACUGUGACUGCAAUGACUGGAUCUCAGCCCUGCUCCUCCCUUCGUGAUGAGAUGGCACAACACUUAAAGAAAUUAUUCCUCUGAAUAUGAAGCUGCUCCACCUUGUAGAUGGGCAAACCUGGAGAAGAAGAAUCAUACUCCAUACAAGGGUAGACAAGACUCAUAUAUAAUUAACAUUAGUGAUGAUACAAAGCACUUCAUCUCAGUUAAGCUAUUUUAGCAAGAGAUAAAUUAUGAAGUUUCCAGUUGAGAUUUUAAGUUCAUAAUAGACCGAGAAUGUUUGAUGUUAAAGAAGGAGGUUGCUGUGUGUUAUUGAAGAAAAGGGGAAAUGUUUGGAAGGUUAUGUCAAGUUGAAAAGUGAAGAAAUUAAGUUUUGAGGCAUUGAAGGACAGCAAUAUCACUUCUGCCUCAUUCUAAAAGAAUAGCAUAAGUAGGCAGGCAUUCUGUUGCAUGUAGCCUUCUGUUGCAUAAUUCUUGCUGAGUUGUUUUUCCUGUUGGAAAUUGUUGAGUAAGAGUUAUUGGCAUAAUAAAAAAAAUGGAACAA